AUGGCAAAACUACUCCAAAUUCUGUGCCUUUUCGCCGCCGUCGCACUUGUCGCCUCCGCGCCAGUCAGAGAUCUUACACUCCGUGAUGUCGAAUUUCAUGGAUCUUCAAUAAGUGAACCGAUCAAAGCCGUUUCCCUCAAGCGUGAUACCGACUACGUUCGAAAUCCCUUGAGCGAUUGGGACACUCCACUUCCUGUCCGCGACGAUGAGGCAAUUGAGCCAGUUCCACAGGCGGAUCUCAAGCACUGA